GGCUGUAGCUCAGUUCAGGUCAGCCCAGUCAGCAGUCGUCCACGCGUCUAUCUAUACUCCCGUUUCUUAAAUUUAGCCACUUUCAAGCUUCGAGAUACCGCCCCCAAUUUCAGCGUCGGUACGGAGCCGCCAGGCCGGGACAGAGACGGAGAGAGAGGCCUCGGCCAUGGAAGCGCUCGGACCCGGCCCGCCCGCCCCUACCUCUCUGUUUCAGCCUCCACGGCGUCCCGGCCUUGGCACGGUGGGGAAACCCAUCCGGCUCCUUGCCAACCACUUCCAGGUGCAGAUUCCCAAGAUUGAUGUCUAUCACUAUGAUAUUGAGAUCAAGCCUGAGAAACGACCACGAAGGGUUAACAGGGAGGUGGUGGAUACCAUGGUCCGGCAUUUCAAGAUGCAGAUUUUUGGUGACCGACAGCCUGGCUAUGAUGGGAAGAGGAACAUGUACACAGCACAUCCACUGCCAAUAGGGAGGGACAGGGUGGAUCUGGAGGUCACCCUACCUGGUGAGGGGAAAGAUCAGACGUUCAAGGUGUCCUUGCAGUGGGUUUCUGUGGUGAGUCUUCAGAUGCUGCUGGAAGCCCUGUCGGGUCACCUUAACGAGGUGCCAGAGGACUCCGUUCAGGCUCUGGAUGUCAUCACAAGGCAUCUGCCUUCCAUGAGGUACACUCCAGUGGGGCGAUCGUUUUUCUCUCCUCCGGAGGGUUACUACCAUCCUCUUGGUGGAGGCAGGGAGGUGUGGUUUGGUUUCCAUCAGUCUGUCCGUCCUGCCAUGUGGAACAUGAUGCUCAACAUCGAUGUAUCAGCUACUGCUUUCUACCGUGCUCAGCCUGUGAUCGAGUUCAUGUGCGAGGUGCUUGAUAUACAAAACAUCAAUGAACAGACCAAACCACUGACUGACUCACAACGUGUCAAGUUCACCAAGGAAAUAAGAGGUUUGAAAGUUGAGGUCACACACUGUGGUCAGAUGAAGAGGAAGUAUCGAGUUUGCAAUGUCACGCGCCGACCUGCCAGCCACCAGACGUUCCCCUUACAGCUUGAGAACGGCCAGGCCAUGGAGUGCACAGUAGCUCAGUAUUUCAAGCAGAAGUACAAUCUACAGCUCAAGUAUCCACACUUACCCUGUUUGCAAGUAGGACAGGAACAGAAGCACACCUACCUUCCCCUAGAGGUCUGUAACAUAGUAGCAGGCCAGCGCUGUAUCAAGAAACUGACCGACAACCAGACAUCAACCAUGAUUAAAGCUACAGCUCGUUCAGCCCCCGACAGACAGGAAGAGAUCAGCAGAUUGGUCAAAAGUAACAGCAUGGUCGGGGGCCCCGACCCUUACCUGAAGGAAUUUGGCAUUGUUGUGCAUAAUGACAUGACAGAGGUGACAGGGCGUGUCCUCCCAGCGCCCAUGCUACAGUAUGGGGGCCGGGUGAGUACAGACACAGGGAGGGACUGUGGCAGGGGGCUCUCUCCGCAGAAUAAAACAGUGGCGACGCCCAAUCAGGGCGUGUGGGACAUGAGGGGCAAGCAGUUCUACGCCGGCAUAGAGAUCAAGGUCUGGGCUGUGGCCUGCUUCGCUCCACAAAAACAAUGUCGUGAGGACCUGCUCAAGAGCUUCACUGACCAGCUGCGAAAAAUUUCAAAGGAUGCCGGGAUGCCCAUUCAAGGCCAGCCUUGUUUCUGUAAAUAUGCCCAAGGAGCUGAUAGCGUGGAGCCCAUGUUUAAACACCUUAAGAUGUCUUACGUUGGUCUGCAGCUGAUUGUGGUCAUCCUUCCUGGCAAAACACCCGUCUAUGCUGAGGUAAAGCGGGUGGGAGACACCCUCCUCGGUAUGGCCACCCAGUGCGUGCAAGUGAAGAACGUGGUGAAGACUUCCCCUCAGACCCUCUCCAACCUCUGCCUCAAGAUUAACGCCAAGCUAGGAGGCAUCAACAAUGUCUUGGUGCCUCAUCAGAGGCCCUCCGUGUUCCAGCAGCCUGUCAUCUUCCUGGGUGCUGAUGUCACACAUCCUCCAGCGGGUGACGGGAAAAAGCCGUCCAUUGCAGCUGUGGUGGGAAGCAUGGAUGGCCACCCAAGCCGGUACUGCGCCACGGUGCGAGUCCAGACGUCUCGACAAGACAUGUCCCAGGAGCAGCUCUUCAGCCAGGAAGUUAUCCAAGACCUUACCAACAUGGUCAGAGAACUGCUAAUCCAGUUUUACAAGUCAACACGCUUCAAGCCCACACGCAUCAUCUAUUAUCGUGGUGGUGUGUCAGAGGGACAAAUGAAACAGGUAGCAUGGCCCGAGCUGAUAGCCAUCAGGAAGGCCUGCAUCAGCCUGGAGGAGGAUUACAGGCCUGGCAUUACCUACAUUGUGGUCCAGAAACGUCACCAUACUCGUCUCUUCUGCUCUGACAAAGCUGAGAGGGUUGGGAAGAGUGGUAACGUUCCAGCUGGCACCACAGUGGACAGCACCAUCACACACCCGUCCGAAUUUGAUUUCUACCUUUGCAGCCAUGCUGGGAUCCAGGGAACCAGUCGCCCCUCCCACUACCACGUCCUGUGGGAUGACAACUGUUUCACGGCCGAUGAACUGCAGCUCCUUACCUACCAGCUGUGCCACACCUAUGUUCGCUGCACACGCUCAGUUUCCAUCCCGGCCCCAGCCUACUAUGCCAGGUUGGUGGCUUUCCGAGCCCGCUACCACCUGGUGGACAAAGACCAUGACAGCGCCGAAGGCAGCCACGUCUCAGGCCAGAGUAAUGGCCGAGACCCCCAGGCAUUGGCAAAGGCAGUUCAAAUCCACUAUGAUACCCAGCACACCAUGUACUUUGCCUGAACUAGCCUGUCAGCCAGUCCACUUGUGGAUCUACCCCGUAUAUAUUUUUUUUCUUUUUAAAUCCAUCUGCCCCAUUCCCCGUUUUCCUUCUUCCCUCUCUCCUUGUAGUCUUUUCUUCAUACUCACUCUACAUUUUCUGAAUCUGCACCAAAGCGGCUCGUGGAGGGGGAUUCAUCUACAUCCCAACGUCCAGCAGGCUCUGUUUCAUGGAACAAUUUCCAACCAGCGUUCCCAAUCGAGCCGCCCUUUUAACCAGCAAUCCAGCACUGCGAACCCACAGGGGUUUACAAUGCACAAAAGAGAAAAACGCGAAAAAACAAAAACAAACCAUACACACAUCUACGAGUUGAGCCAUUAUUUUGCGUUUGUUUUUGUUUUUUCUAUUUGAAUGUCUGUACUCAUGUGUUUGUAAGAUACACUGAGCGAGAGAGUGGGCAGGCGCAAACUGUGUCCGCACAGCUCUUUAGCUCUCCCAGCUAAGCAGGACUCUUAUCUACUUUUACCUCAAAGCCCUUUUGGGCAAAAUCUGUCACAAGGUCUUGGGUUUAUCGGGUGGUGGGGAGGGAACUCUACAUGAACAGAGAUGGAGGGGAGUUGACCUUUUGAGAAUGAUAUCUAUAUCUAUAUAUAUUUUCCUUUUUAUGAGCGUGUGUUUUAACUUUUUCUCCUUUUUCGGUCUUUUACAAGCGAGGUGACCUGGGUGUCCAUACCCAUUGCGACUUUCCUCCCAUCUUAGCGAAGAAUACGCAAGUCUGUGUGUCUGUGUGUGUGCGUGCAUCUCUGUAUAUACAUUUACUGCUGUAUGAGAGUGUUUGUGUGUGUUUCAUGGCAGGCCACUGAAUUGUAAAGGGAAAUCAAGGAGAUAACUGCUGUAAAUGCCUCAGAUUUGUUGUUUUUUAUAUUCACACAUACAGUACAUAUAAGCAUAUAUUUACAUCUAUAGAGCAACUUUGAGACAUAUGACUUAAACAGGCCUCAUAGAGGCACGUGUGGGUAUUUGUAGCAGUCCUGGGUCACUUAUUAAAUGAAAUGCUUUAUUACAUUUAGAGUGGUUGUGUUAGCCUGCUGCUAGCACAGGCUGGAUAGGGAUUUGCACCUUUGGGAGAUGGCUGCUUUCUUGUGCCUCUAAACACCCUUGAAUCCCAGAGUCCAUUUCAAGUAGUAACUGAAGCCAGGACUGAUGUGUAGCAGUAGCAACCAUGGUCUGGCCUGUGACUGGUUCAGCAUUGGGACCUGUUUAAAAAGCUGAAGGCAUUAAACACAGUAUGUUUUUAUCAGUCUUGCUUUCUGUGUGAAAAGUGGUAUCCAAUUUUUAAAACUUCUUUUGGGCCUGGUUUUUAAGAAGGGUUAUGACACUGCUGGACAUUUUUAAAUUUGUGUUUUCAAGGAACCUGGAACCAACUUAAUUUUGAUUUUGAAGGUCUCCUUUGCUAAUGUUGGCCAACUCAUUGCACUGACCAGGGAUGCUAAGCAGGAACCAGAGGGCACUGUCAAUCUCUUACCUUUAUGCAUUUAUACAUACGAAUCAACAAAGCAGAUUUGUAAAAGUUUAAUAUAAGAUGUUUUGUGGUUAUCUUAAACUGUUUUAGACCUAGUAGUUUACUGUUGUUGAUCUUGUUGUUGUCACUGUUGUUACUAUUGUGAUCAAAUUUUUAAGGUCGGCAGCGAAGCCAGUUAUAUAGCUACUAGUGUGAUUUCAGGAAUAGACUUCAGUUGUUGAGCUGCAGGUUGAGGGGUUGAGUUUUCAGAUUGGAAUUUAUUUUCUAUUCCUUUUUUUUUCUUUUUUUUCUUUUUUUUUUUUUUUUUUUUUGUGUGUGUGUGUAGCAUUCUGGUGAGAGGUAGUUCUCAGGAUGGAUGAAUUCGCGCCUCUUCUGCAGGUUCUGAUGUAACGGUGGCCGACUCUAGUUGUUUUGUAGCAGUCAGACUGGUGUAACAGGUCUGCCAUGGUGGUGUACGUCACGCACCGGGCGUUGGCUGGUUUUGAUCCGAUAGAUGGAGACAAUCGGGAAAUGUUGUUAUGGUAGGCAAUGAGUUGAAUUUAAUUGUUUUUUUUUAAAAACAAUUUUACUCGGCAUGUAUGUCAGUUAUACCCAUCUUACAAUUCUCUAUUUAACAGUAUUUUUUUGUGCUUUUUAUGCAUUUUAACACUGGAUUAAAUUGACGGUAAAUAUAAGCGCUGCCCUUGGGAACCCCCCCCUCCCUUUUCUAACAUGGAAACUAAUGGUGACAGACGUACAAUUGGCUCCCCCUAAUGUUGCUUUUGGAUAAUAAUGCAGGACAGCAGGCUUUGGGGGAAAUGUGCACGCCUCAUCGAGAGGGACAGCUCAGUGAAAACCCUUUUGUAAUAAACCACCCGUAAAGCAGCAGGUUUACUAUGAAUGAGUUUGAGCUCCGUCUUGAUGUGGGCGUGGGCAUCAAGUGGAGAAGCAGGAGUUGAGUAGCAGAAGGGGGACUGGGGAGGAUGUUUUCCAGGCGUUGCUUGCAAUAAGUUUUAAAUGAUGCAGAUUAGUUUUUACAGUGUGCAGUUCUGUUAGCAGAUUGGAUUAAAUAUUCAUCUGGGAUCUCCAAGGGGGAAUGUUUAAAUCACAAUAUUUGGUCAUUAAAAUGCAGUCGGAUAAAGGCUCACUCCCUGUUUAUAACAUAUUACAAAGCAAUAUUAACCCAACUUUUCAAAUAUGGUUAAAAACAAAGCUAUAAUUCUACUCAUUGUGAUUGUUGGUCUACUCUCGCUAUCAAAUCUCUGUACUUUUUUUUUUUUUUUUUUUUUUUUUUUUUUUUUUUUUUUUUUUUUUUUUUUUGUAAACAUGAUUUGCUUGUAUCAAUCAGUGGGAAUGUGCAUUUGGUGGAGUAGUUGUGUAGGCUUUAGACUCUUUCUUUCAAGUAACAAAAUGUAGACUUUGCUCGCCUGCAUGCCAGAGUAUUGUCCUUUAAAAAAAACAAAACGACAAAAAACAAAAAAACUGAAAACCUUUUUGGAGUCAUAUUUAUUAUGAGAGAAAAAAAUAUAAACUUCCUUUUUGGGGGCGGGGUAAAUGUUUAUCAAUUUAGUGGGACUGUUUUAGGCUAGCAAUAUUUGUCUGUCUCUAUCUUUAAGAUGUAUUUUAAAGAUUCCUACACAAAUGUCAGUAAUUUGGGAGGUACAAGCUGUUUUUUGAGGUGAGGGCUUCUGUGCUUUGCGUCGUGUUCCAAAUCAAACGAGGUACUUUCUUCAAACGUGGACCCGUUAAAGACCGAACUCCUUUCCUCUGAGCCAGGUUACUGUAGAGAGCAUCCAUUUCGUCUUCUCGCUCCUGGUUUGUACCUAUUGCCACGCCUAUUGGUGGGCGCUCUCCUGUUUCCAUGGCAACUCCGCUGACCCUUCACAGAUAUACUUCCUCUUUUGUGUAGAGGUCCCCAAGGCAUUGACGGAGCAGGAUUACCUCUUUUUAACCUUUUUAAAACAAGAUCCAUAAUUCUUUCUGUGCCCCAAUGGAAAGAGCAUGAAUUAUUUUUAAAUUCCUCUCACUUUGAUAUAUUAUAUCUUGACAGAUUUGUAAUUUGACAUUGUGUAUUAUGUCUUUUUUCCCCUUUUUUGUUACCCUUUUUCCCACUUUUUUUUUCUUUUUUAGGUUUGUUAUAGCUCUGCUUUAUUUUUUUUUAUUUUUAUUUUUUUUCCUGCUAGUGGUCUCUGAAACUGUGUGAUUGUCUAAUAGCAAUAGAAUCACAGAAUCUGAGCGAUCCGAUUCUGGGAAUCUGGUGGUUCCGAUUCUGUGAAUGAACGGAAUCCUUUAAGUUGUCAAGGGGCAGGGCUCGUUCUGUCCCUGCCCUCAGAAGGCCAUUCACUUGCUGUUAUUGCUAUUAUGUGACAUGUUGAAUUGGUUUUUGUUGUUUUUGUUCGCCUGCAGGGAAUUCUUGUGUUAAUGUGCAAAGUAAUAAAUGGGUAUUUCAUGCCUAUA